CGCAUGCGCAGUAGGUCUCGGACAGCUGCUGCGCUGUGGAACAACGCUGACCGUCAUGCCUCGAGUUUACAUCGGCCGCUUGAGUUACCACGUCCGCGAGAAGGACAUCCAGCGCUUCUUUAGCGGAUACGGAAAACUGCUGGAAGUCGACCUGAAAAAUGGUUACGGCUUUGUGGAGUUUGAGGACACGCGUGACGCAGAUGAUGCUGUGUACGAGUUAAACGGGAAGGAGCUGUGUGGGGAGAGGGUGAUGGUGGAACACGCAAGAGGACCUCGGCGUGACCGAGACGGAUACGGCGGCGGAGGAGGAGGUGGCCGAGGUGGAGGAGGAGGAGGAGGAGGAGGAGGCGACGGCGGAGGAGGAGGUCAUUAUGGAGGCGGCCGCAGUGGCUACAGCAGCAGGAGUCGAUCGGGCCGGGAUAAAUACGGCCCUCCGGUCCGCACGGAGUACCGGCUCGUCGUGGAGAACCUCUCCAGCCGCUGCAGCUGGCAGGACCUCAAGGACUUCAUGAGGCAGGCGGGUGAGGUGACCUACGCUGAUGCUCAUAAGGAACGCGCUAACGAGGGUGUGAUCGAGUUCCGCUCUCACUCAGACAUGCGCAGAGCUCUAGAGAAACUGGACGGUACCGACAUCAACGGCAGGAAGAUCCGACUGGUCGAGGACAAACCGCGCCGACGCCACUCUUACUCUGGCAGUCGCUCCAGGUCUCGCAGCCGCCGCCGCUCCCGCAGCAGGAGCCGCCGUAGCAGUCGAUCCCGAAGCAACUCUCGGUCUCGCUCAAGGUCUCGUUCUCGCCGCCGCCGAUCUCGCUCCAGAUCCGAACACAAAUCCCGUUCGAGGUCGGGCCGCAAGUCUCGCUCCAAAUCACCCUCCAGCAAAUCUCGUUCUCGCAAAUCCCACUCUCAUUCUCGCACGAGGAAAUCCCGCAGCAGGUCUCGCUCCGGCGACCGCCAUUCUCGGUCUAAGAGCACUUCAAAAGUGAAGUCCGAGCGCGGCUCUCGCGGCCGGUCAAAAGAGAAAUCCACAAGUAAGAAAUCUCGCAGCCGCACGCCGUCGCCUGCUGAGAACGGAAACGAGGAACGAGCCAAAUCCGCCUCGCGCUCGCCGUCCCCUCUGGCCGAGAAGAGUGGCUCGAAAUCUCCUGAGCAGCGUUCACGCUCACGCUCACGCUCUAAAUCCGGCUCACGUUCCAAAUCCAGGUCCCGGUCCAGAUCCGCCUCCCAGGACUGAACCACACACACACACACAGUGAAAUUCCGCACCGCACAUCACGAUCCGGCUCUUUAAUCGUUUCCCAUUACGUAGAGUAGAUGUUUUAUACAUGACAUGAGCAGAAACUCUUGGAAUUAUGGAUCAUCUGUGAAAAUGAGCAUAGAAUUAUUAUUAUUGUUAGUAGUAUUUUUUUUAUUAUUAUUAUUAUGAUUAGGAGGAGGAGGAUGAUGAUGAUGAUCGAGCUUUCCAUGAGCCGUGACCUGGAUCGCUCCACAUCUCUGCCCCCCCCCCACCCCUCCGAGUCGUUUCAGGAGUAAGUGAUGUAGGAGAAGCCGAGCUGAUGUGUUUGUGGUUCUGUGAUGUUUGUUUCAGUCGUAAUCCGUUUGAAAGUCUGAUGUUCACGUUAGAACUUUUUAAACCAUUUCAGUCUAUUUUUAUUGUACCUUUUAUUAAAGUCCUGACUGAUAAA